CCUUGAUCGUCCUCCACCUACGCCAAUCUGUGCCCCUGUCGCAGUCGCCCUCCUUCGAUCUUACAUUCAUUAUGCUGUAUAUUAUUCAUUCAUAGGCAUCUUUAAUACACCCGACCCACGACCCUCAUGUUCCUCCGCGCGCUACUCAGCCGCGUGUUUACGCUCCUCCUCCCGCUCACCCUCGCAGCCUCUGUCUACCUUUACCUCUACCCCGUCUUCAAUGGCUGCGGCUUUCCCCUGCCUCGAGUCCAAUCGGAAAGCGCCGGCAGCACCUCGAUCUUCUCCAGUCUGCAGCGGAAUGUCGUCGUCAAUACCUUCCUCCAACACCUCCGCACCCCGGACGCUGCGGCGGACAAUCAACCCGCCAUUUUUAGACUGCUAGUUCUCGCAGACCCGCAGCUUGAAGGCGACUCGUCGCUACCGUUGCCCGAAUGGAAGCUCGUUCCGCGCAUGCGCACGCACUGGCGCGCUGUCCGGGAAGCAGUGGCCGAGGCCUCGACGACGACGUCCCUCCCCAAGGCACUCCUGGACCAGAAUGUCAUCGACCAGAUUCAAUCUGGGCUGAAGACGUUCGCUACCGAGGAUAUACCCCGAUCCUUUCGUGCAACCCGCAAGCAGGUAGACCUGUUCGGUAACGACUACUAUCUCGCGCAUAUAUAUCGCACGAUGUUCUCGUGGACUCGACCGACGCAUACAACGGUGCUGGGAGAUCUUCUGGGCAGCCAGUGGAUUGGCGAUGAUGAGUUUUCGCGGCGCAGUACGCGAUACUGGACGCGGGUUUUCCGUGGGGCAGAGCGCGUCAACGACAACAUUACCUGGACCGGGGGCGUAGGCGGCAACCAAGGCCAUGCCAAGCAGCAAUUAGAGCCUCUGGGUUCAGAGGCAGACCCUGCUUGGCCGAGGCGCAUCAUCAAUGUCGCCGGGAAUCACGAUAUCGGGUACGCAGGCGACGUGAGCAAGGCGCGAAUGGAGCGUUUCGAGCGCGAGUUUGGCCGCGCCGACUGGGACAUUCGCUUCCAGCAUCCUCCACUUUCGCGCGGAGGUAAUGCAUCUGAUGGGUCAGUUGUCACGCCCACGUUGCACCUCAUCAAUUUGAAUACUCUUCUCUUCGAUACGCCUGCAUUGUCCGAGGACCUGCAGACCCGCAGCUAUUCGUACUUGAACGACUUGAUCAGUGAGCGUCUUUACUCAGUUGAGGACCGCUCAAGUUUCACUUUGCUGCUUACACACUUGCCGAUGCACAAGGAAGACGGAAUUUGCACCGAUGGUCCAUAUUUUACGUUCCAGGAUGAGGACGACAGCGAUGGACCGGAUGGCGUCCCUCGGUGGAAGGCUGGUGGUCUGAGAGAACAGAACCACCUCAGUGAUCAUAUCAGUGCUAGCGGGAUCUUGCAGGGGAUUUUCGGGUUGAGCGGCGACGAGAGCGCUGCUCAUGGGGGGUAUGGCCGGAACGGACUGAUCCUCACGGGCCAUGAUCACACCGGUUGCGAUGUCAUCCAUUACAUCAACCGGACUACCGAUGCACCAGGCGAGACAACCGGUGAACCCGAGGACCCUUCUCGAAGCCAAGGGUGGAAGUGGGCUGCCAAACGGUUCAACAAAUACAGACCGGAAAAGCCAACUACCCCCUCGAUCCGCGAGGUGACACUACGCGCUAUGAUGGGCGAAUUUGGAGGAAACGCCGGUCUGCUCUCCGCUUGGUUUGAUGCCAAUGUCGGCGAAUGGAAUUACGAAAUUACAAUGUGCCCGGCUGGUGUACAGCAUUUCUGGUGGGCUGUACAUGCGCUCAUCUUGGUGACCGGGACUGUUGGACUACUGGUAUUGAUUAUUCGGGCACUGGAGACUAAUGAGCUCGAGACGAGCAAGACAACGUGGUUGGGUACGUCGAAAUCAAACGGCAAGGAGCCCAUUGAGGAGGUCUCUGGGGGACGGACGCCGGGCAAGGCUCGUGAUGAAUUGAAGUGAUAAUAGAUAGAUAGAUAGAUUGGCUGAGAUGUCAUGUAUAUUUGCAUCUAGUGUACAGUACCAUUUGAAGAUGAUUUGAGGGUGCCAGAGCAGCCGGUGAACUUUGUAAACUAUCUAUAAACAAAUCAAACCCAG